GUAGUCGGGAAAGAUGAGAAUCAUGUGGAAAAGCUGAACCAGGGCAGUUGCCCUGGGCCCGUCUGGCAAUCGCAAUCGCAAUCGCAAUCGCAAUGGCGAGUCUACAACACUCUCUCUUCGGUCCCUCUGGAGUGAAUGGUCGCAGAGUUGGGAGGCGAUUCCUCAACUUGCAGAGAUCCUUCUGAUAUACUCUGAUAUAUAUAUAUAUAUAUACGAAGCAGAGAGAAGUAAUGGUUCCUCAUCUCGUGGUUAGUAAUGCACAGUCGCCGCCUCUUCUGCUUCAGUCUCGUUCUCCCCCAAUUCCUGAUGCUCGGGUAAUGCCGGGAAAAAUAAUGUUAAAAUGCUCGUUUGAGCAGCAUGUGUCAAGCAGGGCUGUGGCCAGGCAUGUGCUGUCAGGCCUUGCUGCUUCAUUUAUACUUCUCUCUCAAACAAAUCAGGUCAUUGCAGGAGAUCUUUCUGGUCAUCCUACUUUAUGCCAGAUUGCAAGCACUGCAGGCAAUGCGCCAUCUCUUCCACUUGAUGAGGAAUCCAAUGGAAGAACUGGGCAGAUGAUGAUGAUGAUGAUGAGAGGAAUGACGGCAAAGAGCUUCAACCCAGUCAGAUAUUCUGGUAGAUGGUUUGAAGUAGCUUCACUUAAACGUGGGUUUGCUGGACAGGGUCAAGAAGAUUGUCACUGCACCCAGGGCGUUUAUUCAUUUGACAUGGACACACCUGCAAUCCUGGUUGACACCUUUUGUGUGCAUGGGGGACCUGAUGGUUACAUUACAGGCAUAAGGGGAAAGGUUCAAUGUCUUCCGGAGGAGGACUUGGAGAAAAACGAAACUGAACUAGAAAAGCUACAGAUGAUCAAAGAGAAGUGUUACCUCCGGUUUCCUACACUGCCAUUCAUUCCAAAGGAGCCUUAUGAUGUGAUUGAGACUGAUUAUGACAACUUUGCACUGGUUUCUGGAGCAAAAGACAAAAGCUUUAUUCAGAUCUACUCGAGGACGCCAGAUCCUGGACCUGAAUUCAUAGAGAAAUACAAAGCUUAUCUUGCAGAUUUUGGGUAUGACUCUAACAAGAUCAAGGACACUCCACAAGACUGCGAGGUGAUGUCGAAUAGCCAGCUAGCUGCAAUGAUGUCGAUGAACGGAAUGCAGCAAGCUCUGACCAACCAAUUCCCCGAUCUAGAACUCAAAGCUUCUGUUGCAUUUAAUCCAUUCGUAAGUGUAUUUGACACUCUUAAGAAGCUCAUUGAGCUUUACUUCAAGCUGUAAUUAAGUUUUAGUAGUCACUGGGGCUGGGCUGUUAUGAUAUGCUAUAGAGCUGUAAGAUGAAAGUUUAUCCCAAUAGCAGAAAAUUUUCUGCUCUAUAACCAACUCUACGAGGCAUUGUUUAAACUAAAAUGUUUCCUCAAUGUACAAUGUGGAAGAAAGGUUGUUGUGGGGUUAAACUAGAGGCUCUCUGUACCUUACCCUGCAGUGAUUCUUAUACCCUACUCUUUGUCAAGUGUGCUUCCUUACCUCUUGGAUUGA